CAGCGCGUGUAUAAAAUGAAUUAUAAACACUCGAGACGCUUCCAAUUAAAGUGGAGAAUUUAAUACGCGUUACGUAUUCGGGAUGGGACAUGGAACUAUAGAUAACCACUGAUCAUAUACAUUAUGUUUCUCCUCCGAAAAUAACAAAUGAAAUCAUAUUCCGCAUAUCAAUUGCCAUUACGUUUUAGUGUUAACCGGAAGCAUUAUCGCAGCAAAUGAGGUUUUACGAAAUUGUGGACUGUUUUGUCGCACUUGUAUCCCAUUUCUUUUGGCAUUUGUCCUAACUUAGCGACUGUCACUGUUUUUGAGUGAAUGUACAAAAAUGGCGUCUACUCACAAAUCUGACAAACACAGUACAUUGACUCUCAUGACGAUGCAGUUCGCGGCUGGUGGAUGCGCAGGGUUUGUGGAAGUGUCGAUCAUGCAUCCGCUUGACCUCAUCAAGACCAGGUUCCAGAUUCAGCGUGGGCCAGAUGACCCCCAGAGAUACACUUCUAUGGCUGACUGUGUCAAGAAGAUGUACAGGAGUGAAGGGCCUCUGUCCUUCUACAAGGGGAUCCUGCCACCUUUAAUGGCAGAAACACCAAAAAGAGCUGUUAAAUUCUUCACAUUUGAACGCUACAAGAACAUGUUUUCAUAUGGUAACUACCUCAUCGAGCCUGUGGUGUUGACACUGUCAGGACUAUGUUCAGGACUAACAGAGGCAGUGGUCAUCAAUCCCUUUGAAGUUGUCAAAGUGAAGCUUCAAUCAGAAAGGAACUCAUAUGCCAUGCAACGCAGUUCAUUUGCAACAGCUCGUGAGAUUGUGUCCAAGGAUGGCCUUGGUCUGAAAGGUUUAAACAAAGGCUUAUCUGCAACUCUUGGGAGGCAUGGUGUCUUCAACAUGAUCUACUUCAGUUUCUACCAUAACAUGAAGGGUGUUGUCCCAGAGAUGAAAGAUUCAAAGCAUGAUUUGGCUCGACGUUUUGUGAUUGGAUUGUGUGCUGGCAUCCUAGCUUCCUGUGUCAACAUUCCAUAUGAUGUAGCCAAAAGUCGUAUACAGGGUCCUCAACCUGUCCCUGGGCAGAUUAAGUAUCGGACGUGUAAUGCAACAAUCAGAACUGUGUACAGAGAAGAAGGCUUCUUUGCUCUGUAUAAAGGGCUGCUUCCAAAGGUGAUGAGACUCGGACCAGGUGGUGCAAUCAUGCUGUUGGUAUACGAGGCUGCUUUUGAAUGGAUGCAGAAGAAUCUGUGAGAAAACCUGAUUACAUGUACAAGAUUGACUGCCAAAUCCAGUAGUGAAAAUUAUUGUGAGACAACAUACAGUGGAACUGGGAAAAGAUUAUGUUACUGAUUAUCAGUCAUCUAUUCAUGUAGUUUUCGUCAUGUUUUGUCUCCAGUGCCCAAUGGAGUCUGUUUCGAUGGAUAGCUAAGAGUGAUUAUUCUCUGGCAUUUUGACAUUUUGAAUUUCUGUAGAGAAACUUAUUUUCAUUUACCAUUGACAGACUUUACAUGCAAGAUGGCAGACUGUGAAAAUGUGAAAUUCAGUGAUCCCAAGAUAAAAGUAUGACGGUAAACAACACAUGUUCAGCCCACCAGGACUUAAGGUCCAAGUGAGCUUAUAGUAUGUUGUCUGUCGGUCGUCUAUCCAGUGUGUCUGCAUCUGUCAUCCAUUGUCUGUUAACUUCUUCUCUUCUAGGAUUCAGCUGAACAGAUAAUAACUGGAUAGCAAUUAUCGUGUUGUUUAAAUCAAAGGUUUUGAGUUUUUAUUAAAGAAAUCAAGUUAAGUUAUAAAAAUCAAAUUGUAAAAAAUCUUUAAGAAUCGUCUUCUAAGAAACCAAAACGUCAAGCAAUAUGGAACAUUGAUAUGAUGUGUACCCGUAGGAACACAAUGGGAAUGAAAAUUGUUCAUGUUCAUGAAAAGUUACACCUUUAAGAAUCUUUAAGAAUCAAUUUCUCAGAAACCAGAUGGUCCUGGGAAUUGGUUUUUUAAAAUUGAAAAGAUAUUCUUUAAUUGUGUAAUGUGAAUCAGCUUCUUAAUAAGUAAAGGAGUCUAGUAGGUGAUUAGCAGGAUGUGCAGAACUACAAUGCGAUUCCAUUAUUAUCAUAGCAUUUUUAUUAAGAACUAAGCUAUUUUUCCUAAAAUUUAAUAUAGAUAUUUUUAUUAAAGAACAUCACACAAAGUUUGUGAAAGUCAAAAGGUCUUUGUUAUGAUGAGAUGUAUUAUUAGGCCGGUAGAAAUAGUGAAACACCUCGACAUUUUUUAUAACAGACAAAUUUUAUGUUAAGAUGAAUCAUAUACAUAUUCUGUCACACCAUACCCAACCCAACCAAAAUCAACCUCUGGCAAAUAUAUUUUUAACCAUUUUAUUCAUCGGGACAAAUAUGGUAGAAAAAGGGGAAAAUGGUUUCUUCAUGGAGGCUUUAAUCAGGAUGUCUUUAAACACAUAAUGGUGAUUAUUUGCCAUAUUUGGUGAACAAAUACAGAUUAUGAUGAUAGAAAAUUGAAUUGGGAUUAAUUAUUAAGAAAAUUAACAAUUAACGAGGUGAUGUGUGGCAAGGCCAUACUUGAGUUGUCUCCCUUUAAACAUACUUGCAUCAACUGUCAAAAUGUUGGUAUUCUUCAUUCCUACUUGAAUUUUUGCAGCAACUUAAUGAUUUAAGUAAAUAUUUAGAAGCAGCAAAAGGUCCAUUCCAAAUUAAGUCAAGGUGACAUAUCCAUUGUCAGGUAGACAUGCUCCCAUAAUCAUAAAAAUGUCUGGGUUUUUAUCAGCUUUUGACGAUCAAAAUGAACUUGUGUCCACCAUAGAGUAGUUGGCAACAACUUGAUAGCUCUUCAAACAGUUUCACAAUCUGUGCAUGUAUAUAUGCUGUUCACACUUCCUGUUGUAGCAGAUGGACCUGUUAAUCAAUUAUAGACUGUCAUCAACAAGAAUUCCGUUUUCACACGCACUUUCACAUUUGCAAUGGAUGCUACAUGGAAUUCUCAUUUUGAAGCAACUGCAAGAAGUACAUAGUCUUGUGGAGCUCUUGCAUAAACAUCUAAUCUCCUUCAGUAGGUCUGGUGGAGCAGGGUCUUUAUCAGUGAUCACUGGGAGUAAAUGUCCAUGAGUGUUUCUGAACCCAAACCUUUCCUUGUCAUGUAACGUUUCAAGAUGACGCCAUGUGUGGACCUGCAGAUGAACUCGCAGGGAAUGGAAGUAGCAAGCUCUUGAUGUUGGAGGCAUGCGUUCAACAGGAAUAUAUCUAGUAGAUAUGAUGUUCAGGUAUCCCAGGUCAUCUAAAGAUCUGCCAUACUUUCCACCAGUGUAUAGUCCAGAAACAUACCUCUCUCCUGCUUUCUUCACAUCAUCCAAUGGCACAUCAUCCUCACCAAACACUUUGACUGCUGUUUGAAGUUCAGGUGAUGAAGAAAGGUACUUCAUAUGCUUCACUUUACCAAAGCCAAAUACAGAAGAUGUCGUGUCACAUCCAGAAACAGCAUGCAAAAAGGGCAACAAUUGGCACUGAUGAUAACCAAUUGAACGCUGUGCUUCUUGUAUUGAUGUUGUUUGUGUUUUUGUCUUCAUAUAUACAUCAGAUUUGGGAUCGACAUGGUGCAUCAGCAAGACAAAAACAUCUGUAUCAUCUGAAACAACAUGUACUGUGUUGUAUGUGUCAGAUAACUUGACUGCCUCUCUAACAAUGACACUUAAGGUAUUCAGAUAAUAGAUUGAUGGUAUUCUGUUUGUUCUUCUUGUUGGCAAGAAAACUGCUUUGGUCAGAGGGUACAGGGGCUUCGGGGUUUACUACCACAUCAGCAUCUCUGUCCUUCAUUAGUCUGCGACAUAACUGUCAAACACAACCAGAAGAGGAAAUCCAUCUGUUGCUUUGUGUGCUAAUGUAUUGGUAUAAGCACGACACACAUCGUGAAGGGUGCCUGUUUUGGGCCAUUUCAUUUGUUGAAGCACAGCACAUCCGUCAACAACUGUAAUUCCAGGGACGAUGUCACUAGUAACGACAAUGUUCGGAUUCAACUUUAUGAUGUGUCAGGAAAGUUGCGACUUUUGGGAUUUUCGCAUAGUGCCAUCUUCAUGGAAGAGAGCUGGUGGAAGAGAGCUGGUGAAACAGCUGCAAGUUCAAAGCUGAAGAACACAGAUGGAGGUGGACGUCCUGAAACAUAGGCAAUCGUACAUCUCAGCAGAAAACAUAUGAAUUUUUUCACCGUCUUUUAAAUUCACUGCCUUUUUCACAGCAAAUGUAACAGCUUGGUUGCUUUUCUUUAACAUGACAUCUCCAAACUUCUUCUCGUUGAUGCUGUCUUGAAUGGAGUUACCAAUUCUGACCAGCUUGUCAACGUUGACUCGAUCAUCAGCAAUCAGACCUGUGGCAAUGUUUCUCAGCUGGGAAUUUUCUCCACCUUGAAAUGGGUUAUGGGUCCUGAGAUAGCCUAGGAUAAUCUGCAUAGUCUUGACUGAUUCGUCCUACAUUCAUUUCACGAUGCUGAUCUGACCAUGAGCUGUUGGUUGUUUUCGUCAAGGAUCUCAAAGAGUCAGUAUACUGAGCAGUGACAUGUGCUGACAACAGCCACUUUGUUCUUGCACCUUCCCUGUGAGUGAUAUUGAUAAGUCCAUCUUGGGUCUUUCCAGCCCUCAUCAGUGACUGUUCUAUGGUCAUAUCACUCCAUGUGCCACUCCAGAACAGGUUGCUGUUAUGACGGACUGUGAAGAGGCCAUUUUUAAGGGGACUUUCAAGGCAUGGACAUGAACUUUUGAAAUCCUGUAAAUACAGCCUGCAAUACUUGGCAUAGUUGUUAUGUACUGUAGCAGCAAACCAGGGUAGCAUAUCUUGUGAUGCUUUUAGAUGAAGCUGCCAGUUCCCUGUGCGCUCAGCUCUGAUGAACAUACAGACAACAGACACAAAGUCCAGAAAAUACAGCCACAAAUUUGCAGUCCUUGAUUCUUGUAGUUUCUGCUUUGCACUUUGUAAUCUUGUUGAUACUUCUGUCAUGAUGUUGUUGUUCAUCACAUGGGUGAUAGACUGAUUAUGUUCCAUAAGCUGUUUAUUCAAGAGUUCCAACUCUGUAAACAUCUGAUCAACAUCUGGACUUCUUGAAAUGAAAUUCUGCAGUGUUUCAUUCUGACUGACUGAACUAUCAUUGUUGUCUUCCAUUUCAGCUGAACUAUCGUCUUCAGCAAUAUCUCCUUCAGGCAACAAAAGAAGUAUGUGCAAAGCAGCACAGGUGAGAAGACAUGCUCUAAGUGUCUUUGUAUAAGCCUUUCCUUCCACCAUUUUGGGAAUGGAAUUUUGGGCAUAUACAGUAGCCCAAGCUUCAUCCAGUCCACAGCCUUCCAUAGCCUUACAACCUGCCCCUAGAAAAGACAUCAGCUGAUGAAAACCUCCAAGACGAAGUUGAACAUGUUGAAAUUCAACAGGAUUGUCAGCUUUAAUUUUAUAUGCCUUCGCAUAGAGUGCUUGGUCAAAGGUGAGCAUUGCACAUCAUUGUCUAGCUUUUUGUCUUUGCUUAUCAAUGAAAACCAGUAUGCUAUGUACAGCCUCAUUCGUUUGAGGGUUAAGAGGCAUCAUUGGAUGGUACACAAUUGAGGAGCCCAAACAUUCACCUUCUGUAAUUUCUGCCAUGAAGCCUUGCCAACUCGGUGAUACUUGGAAACAGGCAUUUGACAGCAUCCAUAAGGUGUCUAGCUUCAGAUACUCUUCCAAAGAACCAACUUCGACUGGUUCGAGUUUCUGGAACACUAUCUUGGACAUGAGAUUUUUGUUGGAUUGCCUUUACGGUUGUAUUAUAUGACCAAAGUCACCAGAAGAUGCAAUAUCAGCAGAUGUUUUCUUCUUACGCUGAACAGUAAUUGUUUGUUUGGAAGCUGGGAUUUGGCAAGCAAUAAUACCCAUGACAUGUGUUGAAUUGUGUCCAGUAACAGUGUCCUCAUUGUAGUCAAAGUUGUCAGCCACCCACUGCCAAAAAACACCUGUGCCUCGAUUACAGGUGGAAGAUCUUCAACAGACUCGCUUACUACAGCUGAUUUCUCAAAAUCCAUUACUUGAUCAUAAGACAGAGAAGCCAAGACUAGACAAAACAUUCAGCAGCACUCUGGAUCUUGUUGUUUGGUGGAUGAAAAGGCCAGUGGAGAGCAUCAAAGGUGAUAGAUAAGGGUUUGGAGCUGAAGCUUGCAUCAAUGCAUGACAAAGAGAAACAACUUCCAAGUCGUUGUUUUUCAAAGGCAGUUUCUGUGGUGGCUUUUCUCAUUAGACUUCUCACAAACACAAGGAGGACAUCAGGAACCUCAUUCUCAAGUUUGUCAAUGUCAGUGUCUUGAGGACAAGGAUAAAACAAGUCUGUCUUCUUGAGACCUUCUAAAUGCUUUCUGAUAUGACAUCCUAACAUUCUGGCUUGUUGCAAUGUGUCAUCUUUAUCACUGUCAUCUUCAUGAUAGGAGUUUUGCAGAAAAGUUGCUGCUUUGUCAACAAAAGUAACAACAUUUUCUCUUCCUUCAACUUCUGCUACCUUUGCACCAAAAUGUUCAAGAAGACGGCGCUGCAGAUGUUUAAUGCUGUAUGGUUCCACAUCUUUGGCAAGCCUGCUCUGCAAAUCCUGUAUAGUGAACUGACUGUUUUGUUGGAAGGAUAACCUCAUGCAUAAUGCUGAGAAAGCAGUAAUGUUGGCUGUGUCCUCAUUUUUGGUAUUGGUAUUGGUGUCACUUUUACCAUGUGCUGACAAGAACUUCUGCAUGCAUGGUCUAUGAUAUGUAGCCUCAACUGCACGAAUAUCACCUGCGAUUGCAAUCCUAGCCUUGAUUUCUACUGAUUCCUUAUCAAGUCUCUGGUUACAAACUUGUAACAGUGUAUUUUGUAAGAUGCUUGUUUUUCCAAUAUUGCUGACAUACUCAAUACUGCUCACAGCAGAGGACUGGCUUGGAUAACGACGUCCUUUAACAAAAUCAAUUUCUUUGGCACAUAUUAAACAAUGAGUUUCAAAGUUGAAAUUGGAGUUCAGAGUUCACAAAACCCUUGUGGCUGUUUGACAUGUGGCAGUGGACUGAGUUUUGAUGGCUUUGUUAAUGUUCUUGUUUGCUGUGUAUGUCUUUCGACAACUCUCAUGUACAAAAUACAUGUAGUCAUUAUUCACUGUAAUCUGAGUGUGAAUGUCAUUUUCACGUUUCAUUGAUACUGCAAUCAAAGACGAAAGUCCUUUUGAAGACAGUUUCACAUCAGCUCCAUCAACACCACACAGAACACAGCAGUGGUCAGCAGCACCUGGAAUUAAAACAAUACAAAUAAUAAUUUUUACAUUUACAAAAUAGUAUGCAAUUUAAAAAAAUAUACUCAUGUGUUAAAAUGUUGCAUAGUACCAGGAUUGCAUCUUGAAAAUGUGUUCAUAAUGUAUGUGCACCACCCAAAAUCACAUGGAAGAAAAUUAGUGAAACAUUUCAUUUUUGUCAAAAGUUCUAAAAAAAAUUAGGCAUAGCUUCCGCGUGCCGGGCUACCUGCCCGGUCUAGGGAACAAACAUUCAAUUUACUGAUUCCCCCCAACCCCAAGGCUAAUGGACAACUGUCCAUUGUGCAAUGCCUUUCCCUUACCCCAACACAUUAAACUUAUGUUUACAUGAAUAUUGGUAUAUAAUGGUACCUACCUUAUCGCACAGUUUCAUUCAAGGCAUUGAAAUUUGUUUAUGCAAUGAUAAAUGCAUUGUACAGAGAUUAGAAAUAGAAUUUUGGGGUUUUGUUUAUACUAAUGUUCUUGUGUUUACCCAUUUUAUAAAAUGAAUAUGAAGUGUUAUACAUCUAUUUUCUAUGAUAUCUGUGUAUUUGAACAAACAUAUAUUUAAUUAAGAGUAACAAAAAUGUACAUUAUUCCCCCCACAAAGCAUUUCAGUGUAGGGCCACCUGAAGUCAUCAUAUAUGUAACCAGUUGUUAAGGUAGUAGCAUACAAGGAAAAGCUGUCUGCUAGCAUACAAGUGUCCGAUGUAUGGGUUUACAGCCCCCCAAACAUAUUUAUUUAUAUUCUAAGUUAUGUGUCUAACUUCACUAGGGUAAAUAACAGAUGGAAAAAACAUAUCUAAGUUGUGUUACAAACACAGUUUAAAUUAAUUUCUCUUCAACAGAUGCAAAUACCAUACAAUGCUAUCAAGAAGAUCUGUCAAAACUGUGAUGGAAUCAACUCAAAGUAUAAAGCAAAUACUUCAAUUAUAAUACAGUAAAGUAAAAUUACUCUAUGCUAAGGACUCUGCAUAUAAAAUACUUACCAGAGCUCCUGUGUGUUGUUGAUGACAUGUUCUUGGAGUGAUGUGUUGACACAAAACCUCUAUGAGCUGGAGAGACCACCAGUGGGUGCCAUCUUGUUUUGGUUCCUACAGAUACUACUUUAUGGACAACUACUUUACAUGCAAAGAAAGUCAUUGAGCAAAUUUGACUGGAAAUCAAACUCAAAUUUAACAACUUUGCCAGAGGUUGAUUUUGUUUGGGGUUUUAUGGUAAUGACAUAUGAACAUGAGAAUACCUUUGGCCAAAAACCAUAGGAUCCAGGAUCCCAGUGAAGGUCAGGGUAUAAGGGCCCUUUAUAGCCCACAUGAUCUAUUUGUAUUGUAGUAUUCAUGUUUCAAGCAUGAUGUGUGUAAGAUGUACCAGCUAUUGUAGUAUUCAUGUUAUAAGCAUGUGUGUAAGAUGUACCAGCUAUUGUAGUAUUCAUGUUACAAGCAUGAUGUGUGUAAGAUGUACCAGCUAUUGUAGUAUUCAUGUUACAAGCAUGAUGUGUGUAAGAUGUACCAGCUAUUGUAGUAUUCAUGUUACAAGCAUGAUGUGUGUAAGAUGUACCAGCUAUUGUAGUAUUCACGUUACAAGCAUGAUGUGUGUAAGAUGUACCAGCUAUUGUAGUAUUCAUGUCACAAGCAUGAUGUCUGUAAGAUGUACCAGCUAUUGUAGUAUUCAUGUUACAAGCAUGAUGUGUGUAAGAUGUACCAGCUAUUGUAGUAUUCAUGUUACAAGCAUGAUGUGUGUAAGAUGUACCAGCUAUUGUAGUAUUCAUGUUACAAGCAUGAUGUGUGUAAGAUGUACCAGCUAUUGUAGUAUUCACGUUACAAGCAUGAUGUGUGUAAGAUGUACCAGCUAUUGUAGUAUUCAUGUUACA